GGUGAGGAGCAGCAACGCCGCCCCGGUCGUCAGCCGCGCGCCCCGCCUUUGGCUGCUCUUGUUCUGCUGCUCAGCCUCGGGCUGCUCCUGCACACAGGUGAUUGUCAGCUGCAGACACCAUGUCGAAUCCAGAAGUGCACUACAGACUUUAUAUCACUAACGUCUCACCUGAACUCAGCCAUUGAUGGCUUUGAUGUGGAGUUUUGCAAAGCCCUCCGGGCCUAUUCUGCUUGUACCUAUCGCAAUUCCAAAGUCUGCCGCGGCAACCUGGUCUAUCAUUCUGCUGUGCUGGGUAUUGGUGAUCUCAUGAGCCAGAGAAACUGUUCUAAAGAUGGUCCAACAUCCUCUACUAACCCUGAAGUUACUCAUGAUCCUUGCAAUUACAGCGGCCGUCAGGGAACCAGAGAUUAUCGCGGAGGAGAGCAGAUUCCCCCUACUUACUUUUUCUGUGGCUUGUUUGGAGAUCCCCAUCUACGGACCUUUAAGGAUCAUUUUCAGACAUGCAAAGUGGAAGGGGCUUGGCCGCUCAUAGACAACAACUAUUUAUCAGUGCAGGUGACAAAUGUUCCUGUGGUCCCAGGAUCCAGUGCUACUGCAACAAAUAAGAUUACCAUUAUCUUUAAAUCCUACCAAGACUGUACAGAUCAGAAGGUGUAUCAGGCAGUAACCGAUGAUUUGCCAGCAGCUUUUGUAGAUGGCACUACUAGUGGUGGAGAUGGAGACCCCAAAAGCUUGCGCAUUGUGGAAAGAGUGAGUGGCAAAUACGUGGAAAUGCAUGCUAGGUACAUUGGAACUACCGUGUUUGUGCGCCAGCUUGGCCGUUACUUAACACUAUCCAUUCGCAUGCCAGAAGAGCUAGCCCUGGCUUAUGAGGAGAGCCAGGACCUGCAGCUCUGUGUGAACGGCUGUCCCUCCAGUGAACGUAUUGAUGACAGCGGGCAUCUUCCUUUACCAGUGAUGGGGCAGCUUCUUCCUUCUGGGGUUUCAAGUCACACCCGUUCUGUAUAUACACUGGAGACUGCAACCACCAAGUGCCAUGAGAAGAUGCUGCUGAAGGACAUCUACUUUCAUUCUUGUGUGUUUGAUUUACUCACCACUGGUGACGCCAAUUUCACAGCUGCUGCACACAGUGCCUUGCAGGAUGUUGAGGCGCUGCAUCCGAGGAAGGAGAGAUGGCACAUCUUCCCCAACAAUGAAGGCAGUGUUCAGAGGGCAAAAUUUGGACUUGGACUUGUAGGCUUUCUGCUUCUUGUGUUUUUGUAGGAUUCUCCCCUCUCUGAUGGUUGUUGUAGAGAACAAAGUU